UUGUUGUUGUUGUUGUUGUUCGGGGUGCCCAGAAAGUCCUUUUACAAUUUCAACAAAUAUUACUACACCAAAUGGUCAGGCAAAUAUCUGGAAAUGAUUACGAAAUUAAAGCAGGAUGGGUCUAUGGCACCAUAUGUUGCCUUUGAGACUUCCCCGUUUCACCCCCCCCCUCAAAAAAAUGUUUUUUUUUUCCAUUGAAUCUUAUAUUCAUUGUAUUAAAUUGAUAUACUGUUACAGAUGCAAUUGACCAAGCUCCCACGCAUGUAUUACACUUUAUAAAUCAACAAUGCAAGCAAAGGAAAAUGUGUGAGCUUUGCUGACAAUUUUGGCCUCCAAAUAUGAAUCAUUAACUUCAAAAUAUGAUUCAGUUAGCGAGCUGAUUGCACUGUUUGAUGACUUUGAUGUUCUGAAAAGUGUAGGAUCAACUGACAUCAUCCAAAUACACAUUUAAUAUGGUGGAUAUGAAGUUUAAAUACUUGAAAUUGAACAGGAAGUCAGCUGGUUUGAGUUGAAGCAGACAUUUUUGGGCAAAUUCCAUCACUCCUACUUUGAUGAACUCCUACUUGGGAAUUCCUCCAAAUUAAUUUCCAAAGCUUUUUCGCCUACACCGUCUAAUGGCGUCUAUAUUUAUUUUACCGCACUGGUUGUCAAACAUUUUCCAUUGAAAAUCCGAAGUAGUACCAUAAAUAAACGUUUGAAAAAACAAAAAUCGAUGCUAAAAGAUUCAAUGCAAAUGUACUUAAAAGUUAAAUACAACAGAAUUGCAUUAAUUCAAAGUACUGUCGUCCAAGAAAAGUUUAUCACUGUCAGAUUAUGAAUAUUUAAUUCAGUAAUACUUUCGCUUGCCGCUAGAGGGACUCCGCGGAUCAAUGUCAUGAUAUUUAAACAACUUUACUCUCAAAAGAAACGUGAAAUUUCAGAUAUUUGGACAGUGGAGCGUAUUUAUGGAUUCUACUACAGGUACAGUACUUGUAUCUUCAACGCAAAAAUACCCACAGUGACAAAGAAAAAAAUGUAAUUCAGGGUAGUGGUAAAAAAAAAAAAAAAGCAACUACUGUGAGUCGUAGAAGUUUUAGGAACUUUAAAGUAGGUUUCAGGAAUAGGAAGUCGACUAUUUAUCAGGUAGCCAGGCGUGGCUUCCCCUUUAGAAAAAAAAACCAACAACUUUAGAAGUUUCGUUGUGACAAACAGAGACAGACAGAUAAGCCAGAUGUUUGCGAACAGUCAAACCAUCGCAGGUGUUCUGCUGCUGUGUGCCGUCGGCGUGCGUUGCUGCGAUGGCAUCGCGGCGCAGGACGACACCUGUGAACCAAGUCAAGAGAUGGAGUGUUUCCACCCGGCGGAGCACUUCAAUGCAACAGCUCCGGUCCGUUUGGAGGUGGACGCGGGCAGGGGACUGCACAUCUCCCUGGCGGGCCUCCGCGGAUGCGGAACGUGCGACUUGAGCAGAGGAUCCGACCCCGUAUCGCCGACAAAUGGGAGUUCUUUCGUGGUCCUGCCAGGGCUUUCUGGGGAAGAUUCCGGAGAUUACGCACUGAGAUGUGGGUCCGGGUUCUCGUUGUCUUUUGCUCUACAUGUAGUCACCAAACGUCCCACAAAACCUCGCCUGAAGCUGGUCCACGUCGACGUCCCGAUGGAGUCCCCCCAUUUUCAGUGUACAUCCGACGGCGUCCCAAAGCCCGUUCUGAGGUGGUCAGGCUUUCCGGAUGCAGCAGUAUUAAGUGCGGGAAAAACCGAGAGCACGAUCAACAGCGUUAAAUUUACAAACAGAGGAGUGAUGUGUUGCGCUAGUAAUACCCAAGGGCAGGAAUGCUCCCAGCUGUACGAUUAUGACUUAGACAGUGACCUGGCGGCGAAGGAUGAGGUCUCCAGGGUGAUCUUGAGUCCCGGCCAGUCUCUCCUGCUCCGCUGCAGGAUGCAACGCAACAAGCGGCAGUCGGCGGUGUGGGAGAAAGACGGACGCGCGUUGACGGACGGAACGUUGGCGUGCCCUGCGGAAAUCGAGGAGGAGAUGUGCAUCAGAAACGACUCGCACAGGCACAGCUGGAUGGCUUACUUGUUCAUCGACUCCCUGCGCGCAGACCACAAUGGCACGUACGCCUGCAGGAAACAGGACAACACAAGCAAGUCCGUCGACGUCAGCGUCCAGGCGGAAGAUUUCCUCUCGGUUGAGCUGAAUGGGACAAAAACAAUCCGGGCUCGAGAGGCAUCAGACGCGUGCUUGCAAGCUGCCGUCUUCUACCACCCCGCGCUGCAGUCCUGCAUGUGGGAGACCCCCGAUGGCAAUCUGUCCAAAUGCGUCACGGAAGACUGGGUCACAAUACACAGGACAGUGAAGCUGUGCGGUGGAAUCAAAUCGGGGGAAUACAAGCUGUACGUGAAGGCGGGCGGACAAAACAGAAGCGAGUCCGUGUCUGUGUGUGUUGUGGACGACCCGAAAUUCAAAUUCAGCGUCAGCAAGCACAACAACAGCGUCGGAGUCCAGACGGCGAGCGCCGUGCCGGCGUAUUACACGUGGAUGUCUUGUUUUGCCGGCAACGAGAGCUGCGAAGGUCACGCCCUGUGGAAAGAGGUCCCCGGCGCCUGGCGAGCCGACUCUGACGUACGGUGCCGAAAGACCAUCGAGAGCUCCACCAGCCGAGAGCUGCCGGACGGACACUACUUGAAGUUUUGCCUGGCGAACUCGGCCGGCUCCUGGUGCUCGGGUCCGCAAUUGGUGUACUACCAGCCCUCCCCGCAGGCAGCCAGAGGAUCUCGAAAAGUGGAGGAAGGCGGCUACACGGUUCUGAAAGUCGGCAGCGUGAUCCUGGUUGUGGCUUUGUUUACCGUCAGUAUGGCGCUCUUGUACUUUGUCAAAAAGAAGAAACCCCACUACCAGCCCCAGCUGCAGAUGAUUCAGAUGGUGGGCCCCAAUGAUAACGAUUACAUCUACAUUAACUUCAAGGACUCUGAGUAUGAACGGAAAUGGGAGUUUCCCAGGGAGAACCUGGAACUAGGGCAAGAACUGGGCUCCGGUGCUUUUGGAAUGGUGGUGCAGGCCACGGCGUACGGCAUCAAGAAGGCCGGCGUGUCACAGCAGGUGGCCGUCAAGAUGCUCAAAGAGAAACACCAGGAAGUGGAGAAAGAGGCUCUGAUGUCUGAACUCAAGAUGUUGACGCACAUUGGCCACCACGCCAACAUCGUUAACCUGCUUGGAGCGUGCACGGAGUCAGGCCCCAUAUACCUGAUAUUCCAGUACUGCUGCUACGGAGACCUGCUGAACUACCUGAAGAGCAGCAGCGAGCGCUACCACAAAUCGGUGGUGGACGCCUUCAGCAGGGACCGCCACAGCAGCCUCUACCACAACCUGAAGCUGAGGAAAAACUCAACCACUCUGCAGGAGGUUGCAGUGGACAACUACAUCACGAUGCACCCUGCCACUACCGGGGGGCACGAGGACACGGCCCUCCUCCGACCCAGCUCGGACGACUUGGACUGUGUUGACGACCCAGAGAGCUUUGAGAAUGGACUCACGGACGACCUGCAGGCCCUGACUUUUGAUGACCUGUUGAGCUUUGCUGUCCAGGUGGCCAAAGGCAUGGAGUUCCUCUCCUCUAAAAAUUGUAUCCAUCGUGACCUGGCGGCCCGCAACGUGCUCGUUACCAAAGGCCGGGUGGUGAAAAUCGCCGACUUCGGACUGGCCCGGGACAUCGACAACAACUCCAACUACGUCGUGAGGGGGAAUGUGCGUCUGCCCGUGAAGUGGAUGGCACCGGAGAGCAUCUUCCAGGGGAUGUACACCAUGAAGAGCGACGUGUGGGCCUACGGAAUCCUCCUGUGGGAAAUAUUCUCUCUGGGUGUCACUCCGUACCCGGGCGUCAAGGUGGACCACGAGUUCUAUUCCAUGAUUCAGAGAGGCUUCAAGAUGGAGUGUCCUUACUACGCCGACGAGUCCGUAUACGAGAUGAUGUGCAAGUGCUGGGCCGUGGACCCCGGCGACCGUCCCUCCUUCUCCAAAUUGGUGGCCAUCAUGUCAGACAAUCUGACUGUCAGCGAGGAGAAGCUCUAUCACAACACCAUCAACCAGACGUCGACCGACUACCGGAAUGAAGCAGCCGUUGUGGACACUUCCGCUUCUGCCCGGCAGAACCAGGCCCAGUCAAACAAAAACCAAAUGAACCCGUCUACCGUUCCGUCUCAAUAAUUAAUUUCUGUUCAUCUAAAUGCCUUAAAGAAUUCAGUAAGAACGAGCGAUAGAACAAUGAUCUUUGCCGAGGCAAAAAUUUGUAAAUACUUCUUGCAUCAGUCUGAAAUUUGUCAUUUUGUACUGAGACAAGUAGAAGAAAAAUUUCCAUCUAACACAGAUCUGGACCUUUAUGUAAACCAUGAUUGUUUUAUUUUCUCCUUCAUUUCAAGUAUUAUUUUUUUUCCAGUUAAGUACCUUAAUUUCAAAAUGCUGCAUAUAUGAGUAGUGGGUGUUAUUAAUAGAAUUGGCUAUGGCAGAAUGAUUCAUUUAUAACCAACAAAAUGUGCUUUAGUAUUUAUUGACAUUAACUUGAAUAUUCAUUGCGCAGCUAAAACACACUUCAUAUGCUCUCAUAUACUGCAUGUAAGCUAAGAUUAGGUUUAACCAAGCGCCAACAGGAAGUACAUUGGCCUGAGUGAGACAACAAAAUGCCAUUUCAGUAUUCAAUGGAACAACAAUAUUGGGUUUUUAAUUUAAUGACAUAUUUGUGUAUUUUUUUUUUGCUGCUGAAUUGUCAUGUCGCAAAACAUUUUUAAAUGACUUUCAUCUUAUCAGUUUUACAAGUUUGAAUGUAAUGUUUUUAAAUGUACUUUUUCAAAGUUGAAGCAUUAAAAAUUCAAUAGCCAAAUAUUUUUGUCCAAAU